AAUAUUAUAUAUAUCUUUUUACCAAUGCUACGGGAAAGAAUGGUCAAAUAUCUCUUCAUUAUUUAUCUAUGGACGGCAGGUAGGCUUCAUUUUCAUUGACUGCGUAUCAUAAUCAGUAAUUAAAAGGAAAAGGUUUACUAUUGUGGUAAGCAGUGCAGUUUACAUCUUAUCACAUAUUGAACCACUGGCAAGUUUAAUUAUGCCUUGAACUCAAUAUUUUGCUACUACAAUUUAUUAUUUUCAGUCAAGCUAUAGUUCAGCUGUCAUUGUUCAGCUGUCAUUGAUGAAUUUGGAAGCCACAUGUUGUGUAUAAUUUAAGAUUCCCAUUUUCUCCCCUAACCCUCUACUGCACAGCUUUUUGGGGGAAGAUUUAGGCUUUCUGAUAAUGUAUCAAUCAUUAAAAAAUAAAUAAAUAAAAUUACCCCCAACACCCAGACAUUUAUGGCGCAAUGCUGUGCCAUAAGGAAAAUCUGAUAUUUUCAGAACAUUUAUUAAGUUAGAUAUAGUAGAAACAAGAACUCUUGAUGAGAAAAUACAAGUUGGACAUAAGCUAGUAAUAUUCACUGCCUCUCAAACCUGAUUCUGUGGUCUAUUCUUCUUCACUGUCACUGUCCUAAAGCUCACAGUCCUCACUAUCAGAGGGUAUGAUCCUAACUGCUCAAUUGCCUGUCAAUGUCAGUGGAUAUGUUGGCAAAAACAUUGACCAAGGCCAUCAUUUAACAUAAUUUUACAUGUCUUUCAUUGCCCUGAAAAGUAGCCUAAUUGCACAACGUUGCCCUGAGGCAACACAAAUACAACUUUUUUUUUAAAAUAUAUAAAAACAAAAUAUGUUCAAAACCUAUCAAAUAUGCUUCUUUAGAGGUCCCUACACAGGUACAUAUCUCUAUUUAAACAUGCAAAAUAAUUAAAUGUAUCUGACCCUUUGCUCACACAAUGCUCUCACUUCACUCUGCUUCCUGCCCUAACUGAUACAUCCUACCAAAUUCUGCACCUCAUUGGAUUGUUUACAGACAUGUCAUCAUAUAUUGUCAUGUGUAAAAAAAAAAAAAAAAUGCAUAAAAAAACAUUUUUUAUUGUCACAUACGCUGUCCGGAUAGGUGCAGUGAAAUUGUGUUGUUUUACAGGGUCAGCCAUAGUAGUACGGCGUCCCUGGAGCAAAUUAGGGUUAAGUGCCUUGCUCAAGGGCACAUUGACAGAUUUUUCACCUUGUCGGCUCAGGUAUUCAAACCAGCGACUUUUCAGUUACUGGGCCCAGUGCUCUAACCGCUAGGCUACCUGUCGUGUGAGGGGCAAAAAGGUUUUCUGUUGCCUGAGUGCAACGAUGUGCAGUAGAGGGUUAAAAAUGCAUUUUAAGCAUGUUCAACCAAUGUAAUAAUUUUGUGUCAUUUUAAAACUCGCCCAAACACACCUUCAGCUGUAGCCAACUGCAACACGUAUGUGGGUGGCAUUUACUUUGCUUUACUUUUGUUUUCACUCCCUCUACUGUAUUUUCCACCAACCUUGUACAGUAUGUGCUAUAUCGAAAAAAAUAUAUAGUUACAGAGUUGAGUAGUGACAUAUGUAACACUUAAUGCUAAGUUGAGGCAUUGAUCACAACAAAAAGGCUGUUCGCAAAGCUUACAGAAAAACAAACAAGCAGCUCUCAAUUACAUUUAUGGUGCAAUGAAUAGGGUUAAUAUAAUCAUGAGAUGUCCUUGAAAGACGUGUUUAACUGAGCACAUGUGAUAUUCUGAAACACACAGAAAACAAAUGUAGUCUCGUGCAGUCAGGGGAAAAUAAGUGUUUCUUUGUGACGGCUUAUGAAAUAUCUUAUCCCUCAACGGCCCCGUGUAGCUCAGUUGGUAGAGCAUGGCGCUUGCAACGCCAGGGUUGUGGGUCCGAUUCCCACGGGGUUCCAGUAUGAAAAAAAUGUAUGCACUCACUAACUGUAAGUCGCUCUGGAUAAGAGCGUCUGCUAAAUGACGUAAAUGUAAACCUUAAUCACAUCAACAUCCUGUUGUUAUUCUAUACAAUGUUUCUCUUCAACUUUAAGACAUUCUACAGUAUGUUAAGGAAGAAGGAUGUAAUUUAAUUAUCUUAAUUUCGCUAUAAUACUAUUUCAUUUUUAGAAUUGUUUAUAGGGAGUGAUGCUCUCUAGAAAGUGUCUCAAGUUGACAAUUCGAAUUGCCCUUGGCAGUUGAUCAUCUACUUUCUGCUCUUUCUCCUGUCCUAGUGGUCUCACAUGGGUCCGUUGUAUGGCAUCCUGAAGGAGUUCAUUUUAACUCUGUGAACCUGAGGAACAUUGUAAAGUGGCAUCCUGGGAAAGACACACCAAAUGACACACAUUACACAGUGGAGUAUGCAAUGUGAGGACACUUUUAUACAUUUCCAUAAUCUUGGUACCCAGAACCAAAUCAGCUCCUCAAUUUUGUCACGAGAGACUGAUAUUUCCAUGAACUAGUUAAGCAAUAAGGGCCGAGGGGGUGUGGUAUAUGGCCAAAAUACCAUGGCUAAGGGCUAUUCUUACGCACAACGCAAUGCGGAGUGCCUGGAUACAGCCCUUAGCCAUGGUAUAUUGGCAAUAUACCACAAAUACCUGAGGUGCCUUAUUGCUAUUAUAUACUGGUUACCAACGUAAUUAGAGCAGUAAAAAUACAUGUUUUGACUUGUGGUAUACGGUCUGAAAUGCCAUGGCUUUCAGACAAUCAGCAUUCAGUGCUCGAAACACCCAGUUUAUAAUUGUAAAUAAAUACCCAUGAUCCAUGGAUUUAAGGACACAUCUCAUGAUGUGUUUAUUUGUUGUCUCCUAGUUAUGGUGAUAGAAUGGAUAGUGGGGUGACACAGGUGCGCUGGACGGUGAAGAAGCAGUGCAGAGACAUCCCUCAGACCUGGUGUGAUCUAUCCAAUGAGACUACUGACCUGGAUGAAGGCUACUUUGCCAGGGUCAAGGCUGUGGGCACAAACCUAUCCUCCAAAUGGGCAUUCACAGAAAAGAGGUUUGACCCCAAAGCUGACAGUAAGUUGAGAUCCUCUUCAAAUAUAAUUUUCCUUAUCUAUGAAUGAGGAGCCAUAGCGAACUACUUCAAGAUAAAAUCAGAGAAUGAUAUGAAAUGUUUAUUGUCUCCAACAGCAACCUUUGGACCUCCACUUGUAAAACUUGUGGUGAAGGAGAAUAGUGUUACUGUCAAGCUGAAGGGUCCAAUGAGAUGGAAGACUGGAAACAUGACAAAAGAGUACUCCUUGUUGAAAAUCUACCCUCAGAUGACAUACAGCCUGUCUGUGUACGACAACAGAAGCAACAAAAUGGUUGGUGUUAUGUUGGUUACUGUAACUCUGUGUAAAUAAUUAAAUUGCAUAAUAUGUAGGACUCCCUGCAGGAGCUUUAAUCAGUGCAAAUUGCUGCAUUAAUAGAUUAUAAUAGACAAUUCAAUAUUUUUUAUAUCAUGGUAAUUAUUUUAUAAUGCAGAUUAUAAUGAGGGUUAGUUCUAUAUUGUGUAUUUUAACUUUCUGUAUCCAUUUUGUCUUUCAGCAACACUUCACUGUGGAAAACAGAUCCUUUGAAUAUGGGUUGCUUGCCUAUGAAACCCAGUAUUGUGUCUCUGCUAAUUCCCAGGUUCUAUCACUUCCUAUACCUUGGCAUGGAUCUGAAUGGCAGUGCCUAACAACCCCAAAGGGUAAGAUAAGACUUGCGUUUAUCCAAUAACCUAGUGUGCAGUGAUUUUUUUCUUCUAUUACAUGCAUGAAUGUCUGUCAGGAUAAACCUGCCCAACAGGUUUUGGUAAAGCACAAAAGCAUUCCAAGAAUUGUUCUCUCUAUCAGUAAAUGUGACAGGAGACUUGAGGUGUUUUCCCAGAGGGUAUUUUCUCUUCCUGGUAGAGAUGGAAUUAUGUUGAAGUUUGAAGGGGUGUGUGUGUGUUCUCAGCUGUAACCUAUAGGCUUUCCUCUUCCUAUGAUGGCUGUACACUGUAUAGAUCUGUCUUGUUUGAUCUCUACCCUACCACUCUGUCUUUACAGAUCCCUUCUAUGACCAGCUGCUACUGAUGCUGAUGGGAGCCGUUGUGCCAUCAGUUAUCUCCAUUUUCACGCUGAUCCUGGCCGGAUGCCUUGUCUACCACUUUGUCUGUGGUAAUAAACAGAAAAGUCCCCCUUUCCUGGUAAGAAUUAUAUGUGACUAAUAGAAGCCUUCAACAAUGGCUAUGAAGUGCAAUUUACUAAGAUGUCACCCUUUUUGGUCUUUCAGGAAAUAUCGGACAUUCAGUACCCACCGCAGACCUUCUGUCCUGAGCAUGCUGUGAAAAUGAAUGUGGUACAGGUCAACAUUGCCAAGCCCAUGGAGUUGAUGGCCAUAAAGCCCAACAAUAUCCCUGCCCUGAUCUACCAAAUAGAGGGGGAGCCCGUACUACCCUACACUGCCCAGCAAGCCCCUGGCAUAGAGCCUCCUAAGGAGGGAUCAUGGGAAGAUGAGUUCGGUGAGGCCCAACCAGAGCUUCUAGACUACGUCUUCGUUGGAGCGGCCCCAGAGAUGCCGGAAGUGAGGGAAAGGGAGGCAUCUGACAGUGAGAAAACCCUGCCCCUGCGUCUCAGCCAGGUCAACCCGUACAUUGCACAGAGAUGUGCACCAGGUUCACAGGAGCCUGUGGAUAAUGUUUUCACUGGGAUCUGUUUAGACAAGGACCCCAAGACAGGGCUCUUUAGAAUGCCACUGCUGUCUGAUAUAAAGCUGGGGGUGGAGAGCGCAAGUUACAAAGCGCCUGAUCAGGUGGGUCCCUACGCACCUCAGCACUUCUCAGUCAGAGAGACCACUGUGGACCUGUGGGGAGACAAGGCUGAGGAGCCCCAAAGUUACCCCUCAGACUAUGGCUUCGUGGGAGCAGCCCCAGAGCAGCAGAUGGUGACAACAAAGUACCAGACGCAGUCUAACAAUAGGGAUACUCAGCCCCUGCUGCUAGCCCAGGUCAACCUGUUCAGAAGCCAGAGGCAAGCUCUGUUUCCACAGGAGUCUGAGGAAGAGGAUGGAUUCGGUGGUGGUAACUGUGUUGACUGGAGCCCUACAACAGGGAUCCUCCAGAUGCCUCUGCUCUCCAAGCCUAUUCCAGAAGUGGAUGGAGCGAGGAAGAAGGACAGGGAGUCAGAGCAGGUGGAGAUCUUACCCAGUGUGUUAGUGAGGCAAUCCUCAGAGGAGAGUGAGGGUGAGAGUGACCUGACUAAACUACAGAAUGUCUGGAGCCUACAGAUCAACAUGAAGGACUAACCUAUUGGACAGUUAACCUAUUGGACACACAUUAUUACAGCAAAAAAAAGUUUGUUUACUGUAUGUGGAAGAAUAAUUCAGAUUGCUGUAUGUACCAAUUGAUUCAGUUGCCAAAUCAAAUGAAGGACAUAUUUUUAACUAAUCCAAAAAGGUUUGUAACUGCUUUAGCAAUGUGAUUGUAAUUAACAUAUUUUUGAAGAGGUUUUGUUUACUUUGUACCUUUUUUAUCCAUUAUUUUCUACUAAUUUAUUACGACUGAUGUAUUGCCAGAUAGCUUUUUUGUGUACAAUUUCAUACAAAGUUGAUAUGAAGCCACAUGCAAUGCCACUUUACAUCAUGAUGAUUAACAACCAGGAAGGAGUGUGGCUGGAAAGGUUUCUAACCA